UACUCCCAAGAAGACAACAAGAGCGGUUCUCACGACUCCAGAACUAGGAACGACUAGAACGUAAGUCAUAAUGUUUCAUUCUUAUAUGAAAUGAACAACCUUAGUUCAGGUCAAACUGUUUGAAAUGUAGAACUGGCGCGUUUACUAUCAGGGUUUUCAGUUUAGGCCGGCGAACGGCGAAUUUCGCCAGACUUUUUCAUUCAACCCCACCCAAAUUCGCCAGGGCUUUUACGUUUAGUCACGUCUCUAUUAUGUGUACUCGCCCUAAUUUGUACAUUCUAUCGGUAGAAAUAAUAUAUAUCGCCAUAGCUUCAUCGCCAUUAGCCAGAGCCUCACACAAAACUGAAAACCCUGUACUAUAUGCCUCAAUUCUCUUUGCAUGCUUGGCAGUGCAUGUUGUGAGGUUAUUGUAUGGACAAUCUCUUUCAAAGACACAAUCCUAAUUCCAUUUCCAAUGUCUACAAUACAGUAUUACAGCGAACAAAUAUUAAGGUUCCCGUUGAUGCGUUUUAAUCGGCUAUAUAUAUAUAUAGGUUAUUUUGAGGCAACGAGGGGAUAUGUGAUUUAUUCACCAAGGAGCGCAGCGCCGAGGUGAAUAAACACAUAUCCCCGAGGUGCCUCAAAAUAACGUACUUAUUUUUCACACUGCGAGGUCGCGUUAAUGAGUCAGGAUAGAAAUAAUUCUUAAUGCCAUAUUGCCUUCGUUAUGUUGUUUUUUUUCUCAUUUUUUGUGCUGCAAAGACAUUGCAGGUGAAUAUUAGAGGGGAUUAUUAAUUGCAGGUGAAUAUUAGAGGGGAUUAUUAAACGGAAAUUGAUUAGAGGGGAAUAUUGAAUAUAUUCCCCGAUAAGAACAAAGGAAACCGAGCCGGGUGAAAAAUAAGUACCGAGAUUGUGCAUGAAGAAUGAAAGGCGUUCCCCUUCUCGAAACAUCGAAAUUCUUCGCGCCGGCGAGAAACAAGCGCAAGGCAAAACAAUUUGUUAUUUUUACCCACAUGCUAAAGAGUGAUAAAUAAAUAGGCCACUGUACCGAAUUGAGCCUGGCUGAAUGAAGUAUAUAGCUGUAAGGAUUACAGUAUAGCCUGCGUAGCAGGCGUUUAGUGCGGGCGGUAGAAGGGGCGCUUACCUAAACCAUACUUAGUAUAUGGUCACUACGCCACAAGGUAGCUCGCUUAUUAACUGAUAAUUAAUUCAUAAAUCAUUUAUAAUGCACUUUAAACGAGUAAGAUGUAAAAUCUAUGAAGUAAAUAUCGAUGUGAAUACGAUGUUUUACAAAUACAAACUCUCCACUUUUAAAAGCUCCACAAAAACACUAAUCUUUACUUCUAGCUCGAGUAAACACUCAGCAAGCGUCUUGUUAUAUAUGGCAUAUGCGUGCAACCAUGCAUUACUAUAUCAUUAGUUAUUCGCAUAAUAAAUCGCAUAACGAUUUGCUGUUAUUUGUAUUUGCUGUUAUUUUGCAACGUUUUUACUCGUUGAUUUUGCCCAACCCUGCAUGCGUUCAAAAUAGCAUAUAAUCAGUAUAUGUCGAUAUAUAUAUAUAUAUAUAUAUAUAUAUAUAUAUAUAUAUAUAUAUAUAUAUAUAUAUAUAUAUAUAUAUAUAUAUAUAUAUAUAUAUAUAUAUAUAUAUAUAUAUAUAUAUAUAUAUAUAUUCUCAGAAGGGUUUCGGCGUGCGGGAGAGACAAUAUCAGGGAGAGGCAGAAGACUUCUCCCCCAUUGUGCCCGGCUUACUGAAAAAAUAUUCCGUGUAUACUUUCCAAAAUUGUUGUCAACGGGGGGGGGGAGGUCGACGAAAAACGUUUUCCUAUUUGUCGAAAUUUCACGUUAUAUUUACCUAUUUCUGGUACUUUCAAAUACUAUAUUGCAUAUGUCUUGUUUUGCCCUACCAAAAGGGCGUGGCGGAAGUCGUGCCCGACGGACAUUUCAGUCCCUGAUUAAUAUUUCUUUUACCUAAAUUGUUGGCAAGCGGGGGGGCACACUAUUUUUCACUAACUUACCGAAAUUUGUACAUUUUUUUCAGUAAUACUUUUGUUAGAGACCGGUCAUUAAUAGUGGAAGGAGGGGGGAGGCGGCUUCAAUUUUUUUGCCUGAAUUGGGGGCGGUCUCAAACUGAAAAAUAUGUGACAAGGGUCAACCCCAAUUUUUUACCUUUUUAGUUCCUAUAAUCGUAGUUUCCAUAUGUAUAUGCAGUUCACCAUAGGACUCUAAGUAAAUUACAACCAUUUUGAAUACUGGUCCACUAAUUAUUUAGGCUACACAAUGUCUUACACCAGUACUUGUCCCAUUACCUAUUUUACACCAAAACAUGUAACGAAUUAACUGUUGGGUUGGGGGGAGUCCUAAAUUUUCUAGAUGAAGGUGGGGUCGUCUUGAAAAUAAAGGUCUUGCGAUCGGGGGCGGCUCUAAAAAAAUUCAAUAUUUGUUGUUUAUAAUCCACCCCUCCCAUUAUUAAUAACUGUUCCCUUAAUUUAUCAAAACAUUUUCUACAAUUCAAUUACUUUUCAAAAAAUUAUGUAAAAUUUUCCGCUGAAUUACAUACAUAAAUAAAUAAAAUAGCAUAUAAUAAGUAUAUAUAUGUACGUCGAUAUAUAUAUCGACAUAUACUUAUUUAUUAUGCGAAUAACUAAUGAUAUACUAAUGCAUGGUUGCACGCAUAUGCCAUAUAUAACAAGACGCUUGCUGAGUGUUUACUCGAGCUAGAAGUAUAAAGAAGUGUUUUUGCUGGAGCUUUUAGAAGUGGAUAUAUAUAUAUAUAUGCAUUGGCAACCUCGUACCCAGGCCAUUUUACCUCCACAGUACUGACAUGCAUUGGAUACACAAAAUCUGUUGCCUUCAUUUCCAAUCACGUGAGAAUGGCAGUGUCACGUGUUCUGUUCUACAAUCUAGGACAAAACCCCUGAGACCAUUCCAGCUAAUAUUACAAAGUUAUUGAACAUUGACAAAACAAACAUUGUCUCCCCCUCCCCCCCCCGGUUCAAUGUUGUGAACAACGCCGAAACAACUUUUGGUAAUAUACCAUGAUACAAGCUCAACAUUGGGUUGGGGGAGCGGGGAUUUAAGAAUGGCAACAUGAUUCAACAUGGAGUUUAUCAUAAAAAUACGCGAAUUUUCUAUAGGGGGAAAAUAGUCUCAACCAGUUAUGUCCAAGAUUGUAACUGCCCCUACUUUGAUUUCGAAAUUGUGGCAGCCAGAACAAUUUCGAACACUCUCAUGUGAUCGUGUUCUGUUCCAUUUCAUUGUUGUUCACAAAAUCCGUAGUACUCUGAACAGCAAAUGGAGCAGCCUCUUGGAGCGGACAACGAUUGCCGGCGGGAGACAUUGCGUUUAUUUAAAUCCACGUGACCACAAAUUAGCCAAUCACGUCUAGUUUAAGUACUAUAUGGCUCUAUAUAUCGUUUCAAGCGUUGCCAAGAAUCUGUACUGAAUUUCAUGUGAUUAUCCAGUUACUUAAUUUAUUAAUUUAGGAUUGAUAUGAUGGCAGCAAGACAUGUGCUGGCAAUAUUUGCUUUGGCAGGAAUGUUUGUUCUGUCGAUGCAAUAUCCAGCCUAUGAAGAGAAAGAUCGUGCAGAGAAGAUGGCGUUUCUCAGGCACUACAUAAAGUACCUUCACAUGCGUGAUCAGGUAUAAUUGCUUAUUAUUAUAUAAAGUAUAGUGCUUUAUAGAGAGUCGAACACUGAUAAAAGUGAUAAUCUCGCAUGUGAAAAUUAUCGCUUUUCAAUUAUCGCUUUUCAAAGACUGUCCUUUAUAUAAUAGCCUAAACACAAAAAUACAUGGGUGCUUGGAAAUACCAGAUUUAUUUCUCGUGUUGAACAUGAUAUCUCACCCGUUCGCUGCGCUCACUCGUGAGAUAUCAUGUUCAACACUCGAAAUAAAUCUGGUAUUUCCGCCAGUGGCGUGCUGGGUACUAUUUUUCUGGAGGGGCCAGUGGGCUGUCAACCAAUAUGCGCCCCUAUAAUGUUACACUUGAUAAACGAGGGCCGAAGGCACGAGCCGAGUGCCGCAGGUGCGAGGUUUGUCUAGGGGGGUCCGGGGGCAUGCCCUCCAGGAAAAUUUUUGAAUUUAGAGUCUCUGAAAUGCCAUUUCCUGGACUUUGGGGGAAGAUUUGACAGAAAUCUGAUGGUCAGGAAACGGCAUUAUAACGUGUCGAAAUUUACAAUUUGGUUAGAAUUUAGUAGUAGUACUUAAAUUAUGCAAUGCUAACUACUUCCAGCGAUUAAUCUAAUCCCAAUUCUGUUCUCUACUGAUCUACUGUUCUGAGCAUAUUUACAACUUACAGCUCUUUUAUACAAUAACACAUGCACCCCACGCAUAUGCAUUUUAAGUUUUCCUUGCCUGGCUGCCAAAAAGGCAUGUUUCAGCAUUAUUCCAUUACUUACAUUACUCAUGCUUCUUGUGCAAACAACUAAAUUGCGUACACAACUUUACAUCAGUUAUCAUAACUUCAACUAUCUAAUUUGCGCCGCUCUCGUAAUUCGUGAAGCAUAAUAAAGGGCAUAAUAUAAGGGCAUAAUAUCAGCAAAAAAGGGCAUAAUUCCCGUGAUCGCUUCGAUCGAAACCUGACCAAUAUUCUGGUAAUGAGACAUUGCCUGUGAUCACUGAUCAUGUUUCUAUAUUUCGUGUGAGCUGUGAGGUAGCAAAUGCGGUUAGGCAAAAUAGUCAGUAAUUUAAUAAAUGUCGCCUAUGCGCUUAGUUUGUUUUAUACUGUAGCCUAUAAACACGUCUUUUCUUGGCAGAAGUAACCAUAUUUUUUUGAGAAUGCUUUUUUUCCCACCUACUUUCAAAAUUCGGCGCCCCAUUUUCAUUUUUGCGCCCACCAAGAAUUGCCAGCUGGGGGGGCCGUGGCCCCCCGGCCCCCCCCUGCCAGCACGCCACUGAUUUCUGCGCACCCAUGUAUUAUUCUCUAUUUAUUACAUAAAGUAUAAUGCUUUAUAGAUAUAUUUCGAGCACUGAUAAAAGUGAUAAUCUCACAUGUGAGAUUAUUUAUGAUAAUCUCACAUGUGAAAAUUAUUGCUUUUCAAUUAUCGCUUUUCUGUAAAAAUUAUCGCUUUUCAAAGACUGUCCUUUAUAUAAUAAACCGAAAAAUACAUGGGUGCUUGGAAAUACCAGAUUUAUUUAGGGCCAGGACGCGCUUACGAUAUAACGCUACCUGUUAAAAAUUCACUGCAUGUUGGACUGGUCUUAAAAAUUGCUAAUAUUCACAUUCAUUGUUUGUAAAGCUCACAUGUAGUCUCAUCAUUUGAUGAUCGCCCUUAAUGCAGAAGUUGUAAUUUUUGGGGCUUUUUUCUUGGAUAAUACUAUUUUUGAAUUUGUAAUAUUUUUAUAUAGCUGUUAUCUAUUCUAAAGGAGGCACAGUAAUUCGCUUGCACUGCUGCGGGAGUUCCCUGCUAUAAAUUAUAUGAGUUAUUUUUCAGCUUAUAUUCUAAUACAGAUAUAGUAGAUAUUUGUACAUAUUAGAAUAAAUAAAAUCCUUUGAGAAAUCCUUCAGUGUCAAAAGGGGCUUAUAUCGACAUAUUGAGCAGUACGUAGCUUAUCGAGUGUUUUUUGGCCGACAAUCUGUUAAAAUUGAAUUUUGCAUGAAUUGACCUUUAUCACAUAAAAUUUGAUAAUCGGAAAAGAGAAGGUAUAACAUUUGAAAAGAGAAUUAAAGAAAGUUAAAAUACUCAUUUAUAAUUCAUAAACCUUAUGGCAAAUCAUGUCAGCCAUAAUAUGUCACGUGGAGUGACUUUAUAUCUGAUAAAGCAUGUGGCAAUAUAUAAUUGUUCAUCCUCAUUAGUAUGGUUAUAUAAUGGUUCAUCCUAAUUAGUAUUCUUUUGCAGUCGUAUUUUAAGCUAUUCAAAACACUCUCUCAACUGUUGUCGUGUUUUAUCAGACAUAAUAUAUCUGAUAAAACACUCCUACUCGUGUUUUAAAUAGUACUUAGUUGGUGGCACUUGCGCAAAAGUUUCAAAAAUUAGAACAUGUAUAGGGAUUGGCAUGGGAUCGAGACUUGAGAAAUGUAGCCAUUCCGAAGUUGAUGAGAGGACUGGGGGCGAAUGUUAAAAAGUGCCCAAAUUAAGAAAUGAACCAAAUCACUAAACAACCUCGUUCCCAGGCUCUCGUGCGAAGGUAAGAGCCUGGGAUCGAGGUUGAUCACUAAAAAGAUCACCUCGAAAUUAGUAAGUGUACAAAGUUUGAAGACGUUUACGUGAAUACACUUCGAAUAGCCUCGCUUUCUUUUGUUUCAGCAGGGACGUUUAAUCACGUAUUUCCCUCAUUACCCAUGUAUACGCUUUUGUCUCCUAAAUUUCCCCGGGAAACGGGGAAAUUUUCCCCUGCAUGCUUGAUGAGGAAAAUUUAGAAGACAAAGCGUACCUCGUUACGCUCAUUGGAGAGCUGUACCUCAUCGAAAAUCAUCGGCACAACUACGGACAGUAUCUGACGACACCCUCCCGUACACAUUCGAAUUUCGAACAAUCACUUUGCCAGCUUUUAUUCCCUAAUCUUGAACAUUUCAAUUGUGGGAGAAAAUUCCGUUUAUGCGCAUGCCUAAAAAGAAUGAACACGGAGAUGUGUUUCUGCGCGUGCGUAUAUAUGAAAAGUGUUCGUACCACAAUCAUAAGACAAUCAAACAGCAUUCAAAACAGGCAACACACCACGCGCGAUUCCCUCGGCAACUAUGAUAUUACAAACUAAACGCAUGCUUUAAGGGAAAUUAGUGAUUAAAUGACCCCGCAAACCUCCCUCGGUUUGCGGGAUCAUUUACUGAUCACUAAUUUCCCUCAAAGAGUCAAAGCAUACGUUUACUCAUAAUAAGCUUUCGUAAAUCGCGAUAUUUACUAUGAAAUGUACUGUAAUUUUUGUUUUAGGGGACGCGCGUCCCCAAAACAAUCUUUGAAUCGGUAAUUUCAAAAUUUUCAAAAGAUUAUUCGAAGUGUAUUCAUGUAAACGUCUUCAAACUUUGUAUACUUACUAAUUUUGAGGUGGUCUUUUUAGUGAUUUGGUUCAUUUCUUAAUUUGGGCACUUUUUAACACUCGUCCCCAAUCCACUCAUCAACUUCGGAAUUGCUAAUUCAAUGCGAAAUUCCAUUCCCUAUUAAAUAUUCUACAUAACGUUUUCACAAAUUUAGCCGAAUUUGCAGUUUAGUGAACAUUUUCGAACUGUGCAAUUUUUUAUACACCCUUUAUAACGGAAUGGCUUGCCUCUGUAGCGUAUACAUGGCAUUCCGGCUGAAUGCAAAUCAAUAAGCUAUGAUAAGUUAUCCGCAGCGUUAUAGUGUAAACACGGCCUCAUCCUCGUACCCAGGGUCUUUUUGGGUUGACACGGCCUUAGUAUUAAUCAUGCGCCACUGACCGGACUUGCUCUAUCGCUAGGAGCAUUGAUAACUCUAGCUAUGUAGCUCCUCUUAAUCCUAAGCUAUAAUACAUUCCUAAAUGUAGACGUUCCUAAAUGAUUAAGCUAUAGGACUGUGUCAACUAUUUACAGUGACCUAGUGCAUUUUGGCACAGGGAUUUAUAAUUUUUAAAAACAGGAAAAAUUUCCAGAUCAGUGAAAUACUUGAUCUUCACUUUUUUUAUUGCUACUAUAAAUGAAUAAUGUUCAUGUUGUACGAACUCUCUCAAAGGUGUAUAUCUGUGUUCCUUACUCAUGAUCUACCUAUACUAGCCUCGGUUAAUUUUUUUAUUACGGAAGGGUUUCUUAUAAGGGGUUCUUAUAUUCUCAGAAGGGUUUCGAUGUACGGGAGGGACAAUAUCAGGGGGAGGCAGAAAGACUUCUCCCCAUUGUGCCCGGCUUACUGAAAAAAUUUUCCGUGUAAACUUUCCGAAAAACGUUUUCCUAUUUCAGUUGUCGAAAUUUCACGUUAUUUUUACAUAUUUCUGGUAUUUUCAAAUACUAUAUUGCAUAUGUCUUCUUUUUCAAGUUAUUUCCCCCAAUUUUUGCCCGACUUACUUUUAUAAAUUGCCCGACUUCAUUCUUCCCCCCCCCCCGUCAUGCCAAAAUUUUUCAAGUUCGGAAAAUGUACUAAUAUUCGUAACAAUUCACGACAGAACAAUGAUUCAAAAUACAAUGAUUCAAAAUACUAAACGAAUUCUUUUUAUGAAAUAUAAAAUGGGGGCAACCGACCUUAUUUACAAGUUAAAUAACUUUAAAAUACUCAUUAAAAAUUCAUAAACCUUGUGGCAAAUCAUGUCAGCCAUAAUAUGUCACGUGGAGUGACUUUAUAUCUGAUAAAAGUCAUCUUCAUUGGUAUUCUUUAUAUAAUUCUUCAUCCUAAUUAGUAUGAUUAUAUAAUUGUUCAUCCUAAUUAGUAUUCUUUUGUAGUCGUAUUUUAAGCUAUUCAAAACACUCGAACUCGCGUUUUAUCAUAUCUAAAACGCUCGGCUGCGCCUCGCGUUUUAAAUAUGAUAAAACACUCCUUCUCGUGUUUUAAAUACUACUUAAAUCCAAAAUAUCGGCCAUACUAAAGCGUCAUUGUUGCCAUAGCAACGGGAGUCGCGAUUUCUUUUUUCCGAAAAAACCCAGCUCUGUAGUUAUCGGACUUUGUGUUCUAAAUAUAUAGGACUUGUUGAAAAUUUGGGCCUAAAUCGGAGAUCUUCCAUUUUCUAGUAAACUGUAGGGAACCACCUUAAACAUGUUUCGCAACGGUCCAUUUAAUUAAGUUAUUGAUCCAACGUAAUCGUCUUCAACUUGGCUUCAACUUAUCAGUAAUAUCAAGUUUUUCCGACGCACUUUUAAUUUGCAGCACGCAAAUCUAGUGAAACGUGGAUGUAUUGAAUUGAAUGACUUUGGAUGUGAAGGCAAUAACGGCAACUGCUGCCGCUUUGGAAAUCCGUACACAGGAAGUAUGAGAAAAUGUGUUAAUGUUGGAUCGUUCUCUGAAUCGUAAGUUAUACGAUGGCUUCUUUAUGGGAAUUAUUAAACGAAUUAUUAUAGUAUGCGCGUAUAACGGCGCAUGUAUGCAGCGCCGUGCCAACUGGAGGGAAGGUGGUGUAACAUCCCCAAAGAAAAUUCGAGGAAGGGGCCCAAUUUCCCCAGAGGUGUCCUCAAAUGCUGGAGUUGCAGAACCGUUAAAUAUUAAGGUCCAUCAAUAAAAAUUGUGGUUAAAAAACGUAAUUUUAUGAAAAAAUCAAUUCAAGCAAAAUUAGAUAAAGACAUGGAUUCGAUUGCUGGCUGGUUGAAAGAAAACGAACUGAUAAUCAACCUAAAGAAGGGCAAAACGGAAUCCCUUCUAUUUGGAACUGCCAAACGAAGAAGCAUGCAAACUGAGCCACUCGAGGUCUCCGUACCAUGCUCCACGCGGACUACAAUAACGAAUACAUCUGAUUAUAAAUAUCUUGGCGUGCAUGUGGACGGAUCACUGAGUUUGAGUUCUCAGUUUGAAAAAAGUCUCAAGAAAGCAUCAGGGCGGUUGAGGCUCUUGUUUAAGAUAAGAGAUCUUCUCGAUUUACCUUCGGCCAAAGCCAUUUAUCGCACGAUGAUCAUGCCCAUACUUACGUAUUGUGGCGUACUGCAAUUAAACCUAGGUCGAACGCAGCUGGCCAGACUUCUAUAAUGCCACGACCGUUCUGUGUCCACUGUGUUCAAAGGGGAACAGGCGGGUGAACAACAUCUUAUAUCUGUUGUAAAUGCCAACAAAUUAAGAGCAUGCAAACUGGUGCGCAAAUGCAUUGAUAAUGACAUUUGUGAUAUUUUUAAAACUUACUUCACAAUGCAGCAACAUGGCAGAGAAACAAGAAACAAUAAUAAUAUGAUAAAGCUACCAGCGAUUAAAACUGAGUAUGCUCGUAAAUCUUUCUAUUUUAUGGGAGCUAAGAUUUAUAACGACCUACCUAUAGAAUUAAGAAAGAUUGAGAACAAUCCGGAUUUUGAGAAUAAGGUUACGGAACAUUUUAAUGAAUUAUAAACGGUUUUAAAUAUGGUAUAUAAGAAUUAGUUCUUAAUGUACAUAUAGUUUUUAGAGCUUUUUUAGAGUUUUUAAUAGUUAGUUCUUUCUAGACUUUUUAGGAUAACAGCUAGGACACACAUUGAUAACAGCUUUUUUAGUUGAAUUGUAUUAUCCUGUAUAAAUAUUCGUAUUAAACUUAAACUAAACUUAAAAGUUUGGAUAAAAUUUUUUGAACCUUUUUUAGCCCCUGGGAAAGGGCUAAAACCUUUGAAUUUACCCCGAAAAAAAAGAACACAUAGGCUAGACAUAUCGGUCGGCACGUCCCUGAAUGCAUGUUUCGAUCUGUCGAGAUGGACAAAUGAUUGGAUUAUUUGGGUAAAUGAUUGCAUCAUUUGGGUGUGCAUUUUCGUAGAAAAUACUAGCAUGUUAAAGUGCAUUUUAAAAUAAUUUAUGUUCGUCUUAGGAGACAAGUUGAAUGAUACAUAAUUAUGUAGCAAGAAUUUUCAGAGAGGAAAAUAAAAAUUCUUUCGUAUACAAUUCUUUCGAGCCGAACGAAAUUUUUUAAAAAUAUGGAGUCUCUAUAACGUCGGAAAUGGCCUUUGCAGAGUCACUCUUUACUACUGCAAAAAGGCACUUUCUUUCCAGCAAAAGAGGGCAUUCAUUCAAGAAAUACUUUUUCGUUCUUUAAAUGGGACACUUAGCCCAGAACAAAGGGGCACUUUUUUCACUUUUAACAAAAGUGUGGGGGGGGGGCACAUGUCUCCAUUGCGCCCCCGGUUCCGCGCCCCUGUGUGUUGUAAUUUAGAGAUAACUUAUACUUGAUAGUUGAUACAGUAUUUCACGGUAUGGUUUACAUUUCAUUUUCACGGUAUGGUUUACAUUUCAAUAGUUUCAAAAUUUUAGGUAUAUAGUAUCUGGAUCUUUUCCAAAUUUGGGUAUAUUGGCAAAUGACUAAAAAUAUACCGGGUAUUUGGGUAUCCUUAAACCUAGCCUGCGUGGCAGGCCCUCAAUUUUAUGUGGGGCCUGAUUUGCAGCGGGCAGGAUUUUGUCGGUCCAUACUAAAAAAUCUCGGUCUGAUAUUUCACAGUACAGACCUCACGCUCGGUCAAUCCUGCCCGCUGCAAAUCAGGCCCCCCAUAAAAUCGAGGGCCUGCCACGCAGGCUACCUUAAACCCCCCUUGUCGGGCCUGAAGUGAGGUGAAUUAAUUUCAAUCUAGUUUAGGACUGGAUCAAGAUACUUCAUUAGGAUUAUCAUGUGGGCAAAAUAAAGUAAUAUGGCUGGUUAAUUCAAUCAUGAAUUAUUAAUGAUUUGAGAUGUAAAUCCAUACAGAUAGUGUUUGUGGUGACAAUUAACUAGAGUGAAAUAAUUAGAUCAUCAAGAAAUCUUCUAUCUUGUGUACAUUUCCAAUAUAUAUUUUCUCGUUUUUUAGGAAAUACCAAUGCCAGGAUAAUUAA